UCAUAAUUAGAACUAAAGUUAUGGCCAGUGGUGCGUAACUUUUGAAUAACCCUGUAUCAAUGCCAACGGAGUACAACAAACGGAAGAACUGAAUCUUGAAGGUUGUCAUGAACCUGAAAUGAAUGUGGAAGAAUCAGACUCACCUAACACACACGAUUCUUCGGAAACCGAGACGAUGAGAACAUUUUGGAGUAGAAAACUGAGUGAUUCAGCAGAUUUUGAAGAUGUUUGUGAGCUCUUUUUAUCUCUGGUCUUUGAGGAUAGGACUUACAAGCUUUUGAACGACAAAACAACUACCAAGAAAGAUGUCUGGGAACGUAUUGCCAAGGCCAUGGAUGACCUCGGCUUGCACAUGCCUGUCAACUCAUUGGCUGAAGCCGCUAACAAAUGCGCAUCGAAGUUUAGGAAUCUAGCUAAAGAUUAUAAAAAGUAUUUACUGAAAACUACAGAAACCGGAGGGAGUUACGCAGAGCCCUGCGCAUAUUUCAAUGUAAUCCAUCCAUAUUUUAAACUUAGAGCAGAUUUAAAUCCUCAGAACAUAAAGAAUUCCCGUAAACCAGUUGCUACUAAUUCAGCUCCCAGUAAUGAAUCCGUUGAUUGUUUGAAGUUUGCAGACAACAUAUGUCCUUCCACGUCUGCAUUUUCGCGUCCCUCCAAUUCUCAAGCAACAAGAAAUAUUCUCUCAGUAAAUAGCCCUUCCGUAGCGGUUCCCAAGACUCCAGAGCUCGUACCGAAAGUCCACAACUCUUCAAAAUCAACUCCCGCAUCAGCAACAUCUUUUAACUCAACGCCUUCAAGUGUUACUUUUGAUACAGGAGUGAUGAUGGAACCCGAUGAAGAGUAUGUGAUGGAAAAUCCGCAUGAUGUUGUGCUUCCUCCAAGAACACCUUCAUCAAGCAAGACUUCUUCAACCAGUGAAACUUCUUCGUCAGAUAAACCAUCCUCAUCACGUCACACAAAUGUCAAGAAACGUUUGAAACCGAGGGCUACCACUACAAAUCAUGAACUCAUGACCUUCAUGCAGAAAACGGAACAAGAAGAUAGAGAAUUCCGAAAGAAGCAACUGGAAAUACAGGAAGAGGAAAUGAAUCAGGGUCGAAAGAUGAUAGACAUUUUGAAUAUUAUGGUACAGUUGAAAAGAGAAAAGCGACCCAAAAAGUCGAGCAAGAAAAGGAGGAAGGGGUCAAAAGAAAAUGUGAGGAUUGACUCUAGCAGUGAUUCUUCUUCAGAUUCUGACUAGUCGAUCU